CUCGCGCUCCCGUCGGCGGCGGCGAAAGAGGGGGUUGCACGCACUAUUUUUUAGUGCCGGCUUAUUACAGCAGAUGUCUCAUGGCCAUGUACCAAUAAAGAAUAAGCGCCGCUCCGAGUCCGAACCCGCCGAAAAAAAGUUCGCGCCGAGUCCGUUUGAAUUUUUAAUAUUAUUCAGUCGCGGUCGCACCACCGCACGCGAUACAUCUCCGUCAUUUUUUUUUUUAAACAAAACAAAUAGAAACAAUUCUAAAAACAAAAAAGAAAAAAAAAAAAAACAAUUUAUUUUUUUUUGGAGGGGAUUUCCCAAAAUCGCGUAAUUUUUUUGAUCAAGUGCGUUAAUAAGUGUAAUUUUUUUCAUCAUAUUUUUGAAUUUGACGUGAAUUCGCGCCGAAGUGAUUUUCGAACCGGCGCCUGCUGCGACGCUGCCCGACACGUACUGAAACCAAAACCCGCUGCUCCUGGACGCGUCCCGAGAACGAAAGUGCACCCAAAGAACACGGCGCAUAUGCUAUUUUCCUGCGACCGAACAGGACACCACCCUAAAGGGAUAAAUGCGUCUCUUAUUAUCACUCAAAGAAAAUAGAAAAAAACAACCCCCGAAUCACCCGAAUCCACCAUCAUCAUUAAAAUGUUAUUAACAACUAAAUAAAUUAAUAAAGAAAAUAUUCACUCAGGUAAUUAACAUUUUACAAUGGUUGAUACGCAGCAUUUUUGUCUCCGUUGGAACAACUACCAGAGUAGCAUCACAUCUGCCUUCGAGAACUUACGCGAUGACGAGGACUUUGUCGAUGUGACUCUCGCGUGUGAUGGUAAAAGCUUGAAAGCUCAUCGCGUGGUUUUAUCAGCUUGCAGUCCCUACUUUAGAGAACUACUUAAGUCCACACCAUGCAAACAUCCUGUGAUUGUUCUACAAGACGUCGCAUGGACGGACUUGCACGCGCUCGUCGAGUUCAUAUACCACGGGGAAGUAAACGUUCAUCAACGUUCUUUAUCAUCGUUUUUGAAAACGGCGGAAGUGCUAAGAGUUAGCGGGCUAACACAACAACAUGGAGAAGAUAAAGACCAGUUGGCUCAAGUACAAAGUUUGGUUCGAGCUCAUCACCAAACGCCCCCCACAAAUCAUCACUACCACCCAAUUUUCCCAGAAAAACUAGAAGAUUCCCUGUUUACAUCCCCAUCAUCACCACCCCACGGUGCGACCGUAAAUCAAUUAUUACGUCAGGCCGCGUUACAACAAAAUAGAAGUAAUCGUCGUAUAUCAUCAGUGACGUCAAACGCCGUUGAUAAUGAUAACCACACAAAACGUUUACGUCCCGAUUACCAUCAUCAUUUACUCUCGUCCGCGCCGAAUAAUAAUAAUAACUUAAAUAACAUUACGAACAACAAUAACAAUAAUAACAACGAGUUAAACCUAUCUGGACAUCAAACGCAGGCUCCGCCGCCACAAACGCAACCGACCGAUUUCUCGCCGAGCGCUAUGAAAAAUUCUCCAUUAAAUUUGAACGUUCAAAAAGAUACCGUGGAAGGAAACGGGAUCGGUGGUCAAGAAAACGAAAACGGGCCAUGCUCUCCGAGUCCAACAAGCGGGACAACAACAACGGGUGGGAUUUCUGAUACAGUCAAAUCCGAACCCAUGGAAUUAUUGUGCGGAUCAACACAAGAAAAUAGUAACGACUCAGAACAUCACACAACGGAUAAUGGACCAACGAGUAAUUUACCAACGGGACCCCAUAGCGGAAGCAGCGGUGGAGGUGACCACGAAGACCACGAUAGUUCAAUUGGGCCAUAUUUAACUCCGGCCGAAAGUAAAUUAUUUGCUACAGCAGCGGGAAGUUUUAAUUUUAGUAUGGCUGCGUUAGCAGCGGACCCUACAGGACUUGGAGUACUCUUAUUUCCAGGUUUGAACCAAUCGCUCGGAGGAAACGCGGAUACUCUGGCUGGUACAUCUCAAGGCGCGAUCCGAAUGCCGCCACCUACCGCCGGCGGGAUCAACGAGCCCCAAGAAUGCCCAUAUUGCAGACGGACCUUUAGCUGUUAUUACUCGCUGAAGAGACAUUUCCAGGAUAAACACGAACAAUCGGACACGCUUUAUGUGUGCGAAUUCUGUCAUCGUCGUUAUCGCACCAAAAACUCGUUGACAACGCACAAAAGUCUUCAGCAUCGCGGCUCGAGCGGUAUGUUGAAGCGACUACUGAAAACGACGGCCAUCAAAAGCGUGUUAGGACCGGCUCCGACGCCGCCACGUCUUCAGUGACAUCGUCAGCAUUACCACCGAAGUCAGUAUCCAGCUACAUUUUAAAAAAUUUUUAUCCCCCUCACCUGGCUACUACCUCAAUACACCCAGAAAAUGAAUACGACAUUUUUGAGUUAAUUCAAAGAGAACGAUUUUUUGAGAUAAGUAUUUUUCGAGGUGUUUUCUCUUUUGGGCUGCUAAAAAAGUACAAAAAAAGUUGUGACAGCUCGAUGAUGUCAAAUUUUUAUGUCAAAUUUUUACGUCAAAUUUCAAAUUUGGUUAACUAGCACCAAUUUAACGUACAAAAAGUCAACUUUUUUAUUUUUAAAUUGGCUAAAAGAUGAAUUAAUGAAUUAAGUAUUCGCUAAAGUGUUUUUGCUGUCUUAAAACAGUAAUUAAUUAAGAGGCGUUUUAUCGACAUAUCUUAUUCCAGGGUUCUUGACUCGUAUCUUUCUAAUGUAUGUAUAUAAAAUUAAAAUAUUAUUAAAGAAAAAAAAUGUGCCAACCAUCCCGUACUUCCAAAAAAAAAUGAUUUUUGUUUAAUCAGGACGAUAUCAGGGCACGAAUCAUUUUCGGCUACCUUUUCGACCUAUUUUCUUAAGUGCUGUGAGAUUUUUCGGGAAUAUCCGUUAUGAUUAUUAUUAAUUUUGUGGAAAAAAAGGCGCAUUUCGAAUUUUUUGUGAUACGACCCAGCCAAAGACAAAAUUAGUUUUUGAAACGAAAAGAAAAAUAAAUAAAA